GCGGGCGGCGUGAGCGCGGGGAGGGCCCGGGGACCCCGGGCGGGAACUGGGGGGACCUCCGGGGUUGCCCAGGGGGGAGCCACAGGUCCCUUCCUCCGGCCCAGCCUCCGGGGCAGCCGCUCCGCACUUGGCGAGCUCCGGGGCUCGAGCUCCCUCGCCGGCGCGGCGUGACGCGGGGCCGGCCCGGGACGGGGCCCGGCGCGGCAACAUGGCCUCUCCGCCCCAUCAGCAGCUGCUGCCGCACCACAGCACGGAGGUGAGCUGCGACUCGAGCGGGGACAGCAGCAGCGUCAGGGUCAAAAUCAACCCCAAGCAGCUGGCGUCCAACAGCCACCCGAAGCACUGCAAGUACAGCAUCUCCUCCAGCUGCAGCAGCUCGGGGGACUCGGGCGGGGGUCCCCGGAGAAUGGGCGGCGGGGCCCGUCUGCGCCGGCGACAGAGGAAGCUGCCCCAGCUGUUCGAAAGGGCUUCCAGCCGCUGGUGGGACCCGAAGUUCGACUCGGUGAACCUGGAGGAGGCUUGCCUGGAACGCUGCUUCCCGCAGACCCAGCGCCGCUUCCAGUACGCGCUCUUUUACAUAGGUUUCGCCUGCCUGCUCUGGAGCAUCUACUUCGCCGUGCACAUGAGACCCAAGCUCAUGGUCAUGGUCGCCCCUGCGCUGUGCUUCCUCGCGGUGUGCGUGGGCUUCUUCCUGUUUACCUUCACCAAGCUCUAUGCCCGGCAUUACGUGUGGACCUCGCUGGUUCUCACCCUCCUGGUCUCCGCCCUGACCCUGGCCGCUCAGUUUCAGGUUUUGAGGCCUGACUCAGGACGUGUUGUUGACAGCUUCAAUCACACUCCCGCAGCCAAGCCCACGGACACUUGCUUAUCUCAAGUGGGGAGCUUUUCCAUGUGCAUCGAAGUGCUCUUUCUGCUCUAUACCGUCAUGCACUUACCUUUGUAUCUGAGCGUGUUUCUGGGAGUGUUCUACUCGGUUCUCUUUGAGACCUUUGGUUACUAUUUCCAAAAUGAAGACUGCUUUUCUGCACCUGGUACUGGGGCCCCGCACCUGGAGCUGCUGAGCCGGGCCCUGCUCCAUGUCUGCGUCCACGCCAUCGGCAUCCACUUGUUCAUCAUGUCCCAGGUGAGGUCCCGGAGCACCUUUCUCAAGGUUGGCCAGUCCAUCAUGCACGGGAAGGACCUGGAGGUGGAAAAAGCCCUCAAGGAGCGAAUGAUUCAUUCCGUGAUGCCGAGAAUCAUCGCAGAUGACUUGAUGAGGCAGGGGGACGAGGAGAGCGAGAAUUCCAUCAAAAGGCACGCCACCUCCAGCCCCAAGAACAGGAAGAAGAAGUCUUCCAUCCAGAAGGCCCCCAUAGCCUUCCGCCCGUUCAAGAUGCAGCAGAUCGAAGAAGUCAGCAUUUUGUUUGCAGAUAUCGUGGGCUUCACUAAGAUGAGUGCUAACAAGUCUGCCCAUGCUCUCGUGGGUCUCCUGAAUGAUCUGUUUGGUCGCUUUGACCGCUUGUGUGAGGAGACCAAGUGUGAGAAAAUCAGCACCCUGGGAGACUGUUACUACUGUGUGGCAGGAUGCCCUGAGCCCCGGGCUGACCAUGCUUACUGCUGCAUUGAAAUGGGGUUGGGCAUGAUAAGAGCCAUCGAGCAAUUCUGCCAGGAGAAGAAAGAGAUGGUGAACAUGCGUGUCGGGGUGCAUACAGGCACUGUCCUGUGUGGCAUCUUGGGCAUGAGGAGGUUCAAGUUCGACGUGUGGUCCAAUGAUGUGAACCUAGCCAACCUCAUGGAGCAGCUGGGAGUAGCCGGCAAGGUACACAUUUCUGAGGCCACUGCCAAAUACCUAGAUGACCGGUACGAGAUGGAAGAUGGAAAGGUCACUGAGCGCCUUGGCCAGAGCGUUGUUGCUGACCAGUUGAAAGGUUUGAAGACUUACCUGAUAGCGGGUCACAGAGCGAAGGCGUCUCAUUGCAGCUGCUCAGAGGCCUGGCUUUCUGGCCCUGAGGCCACUGACGGCUCACAGGUGUCCUCAGGCCCUAGGGGACAGGGGACAGCGUCACCAGGGAGUGUCAGUGACUUGGCACAGACUGUCAAAACCUUUGAUAAUCUUAAGACCUGCCCUUCAUGUGGAAUCACAUUCACACCCCCAUUGGACACUGGCACAGAGGCUGGAGCAAUGCAGAAUGGCUGUCAGGAGGAGCCCAGGCUUGGCACCAAGGCUUCUGGAGGCGCCAGCUCCAAAACGCAGAAUGGCCUGCUGAGCCCCCCGAUGGAGGAGAAGCUCACCACCAGCCAGACGUCACUGUGUGAGAUUCUCCAAGAGAAGGGCCGAUGGGUGGGUGUGAGCCUGGACCAGUCGGCGCUCCUGCCUCUCAGGUUCAAGAAUAUCCGAGAGAAGACAGACGCCCACUUUGUGGAUGUCAUCAAAGAGGAUAGCCUGAUGAAAGAUUAUUUCUUCAAGCCGCCCAUCAAUCAGUUCAGCCUGAAUUUUCUGGACAAGGAGCUGGAGUGCGCCUACAGGACUAGCUACCAGCAAGAGGUUAUCAAGAACGCUCCCGUGAAGACUUUCGCCAGUGCCACCUUCAGCUCCCUCUUAGACGUGUUCCUGUCAACCACUGUGUUCCUGCUGCUCUCCAUCACCUGCUUCUUCAAGUAUGGAGCUGCUGCUUCACCACCCCCACCCACAGCCCUGGCCAUCUUUGGGGCUGCCCUGCUGCUGGAACUGCUGUCCCUUGUGGUCUCGGUCAGGAUGGUGUUUUUCCCUGAGAGUGUCAUGUCCUGCACUAAGCGCCUACUGGAGUGGAUCUCUGGCUGGCUCCCCCGCCAUUCCAUUGGGGCCAUCCUGGUGUCGCUCCCUGCCCUCGCUGUCUACUCGCACGUCACCUCCGAAUUCAAGACGAACAUCCACCUCACCGUGUUUACCGGCUCGGCCAUCCUCAUCGCUGUGGUGCAUUACUGCAACUUCUGCCAGCUCAGCUCCUGGAUGAGGUCGGCACUGGCCACCAUCAUUGGGGCAGUGCCUCUACUCCUGCUCUACAUCUCCUUAUGCCCCGAAAGCUCUGUAGUUAUUGCACACCUUGAUGCUGUUCAAAAUUUCAGCGCUGAGAGCAGCCCCUGUAAUAGCUCCUUGCCACGGGACAGCCGGCGCUCCGCCAGCCUGAUCGGUCAGGAGGGGAUCCUCGUCUUCUUCCUCCUGCUCCUGCUGGUCUGGUUCCUGAAUCGUGAGUUCGAGGUCAGCUACCGCCUCCACUAUCAUGGGGACGUGGAGGCCGACCUGCACCGCACCAAGAUCCAGAGCAUGCGGGAUCAGGCCGACUGGCUGCUGAGGAAUAUCAUCCCCUACCACGUGGCCGAGCAGCUCAAGGUCUCGCAGACCUACUCCAAGAACCACGACAAUGGCGCAGUCAUCUUCGCCAGCAUCGUCAACUUUAGCGAGUUCUACGAAGAGAACUACGAGGGGGGCAAGGAAUGUUAUCGAGUGCUCAACGAGCUCAUUGGGGACUUUGACGAGCUGCUGGGCAGGCCCGGCUACAGCAGCAUCGAGAAGAUCAAGACCAUCGGUGCCACCUACAUGGCAGCAUCGGGGCUGAAUGCCACGCAGGCCCCGGAUGGGGGCCCUCCACAGGAGCACCUGCGCACCCUCUUUGAGUUUGCCCGGGAGCUGAUGCGUGUGGUGGACGACUUCAACAACAACAUGCUCUGGUUCAACUUCAAGCUGCGGGUGGGCUUCAACCAUGGGCCUCUCACCGCAGGCGUCAUCGGCACCACCAAGCUGCUCUAUGACAUCUGGGGCGACACCGUCAACAUCGCCAGCCGGAUGGACACCACUGGCGUCGAAUGCCGCAUCCAGGUGAGCGAGGAGAGCUACCGGGUCCUGAGCAAGAUGGGCUAUGACUUUGACUAUAGAGGCACGGUCAACGUCAAGGGCAAGGGCCAGAUGAAGACCUACCUCUUCCCCAAGUGCUCGGACAGUGGUGGUGUUCCGCAGCACCAGCUCUCUAUCUCUCCUGACAUCCGGGUGCAGGUGGACGGCAGCAUUGGGAGGUCUCCCACAGAUGAGAUCGCGAGCCUGGUGCCUCCUGCCCAGUCCAUGGAAAAGACACCCCUGGGCUUUGAGAGUAAUGCGCCAGACAAGGACUCUCACCCAGCCUCCCAGAGGCCUGGGAAAGAGGCGGCUAGGAACGAAGAUCGGGGCCAAUUGGGCAGGGCCAUGGAGAGCAGUGAAUGUGAGGACGAGGGGCUGGAAGAAGCAAACGAACUCACCUGGCUCAGCAGCGACCCACGCCCAUGAGGUGCUGUCCCAGGGCAGAUUGCACUGAGUCGGGGUUCAAUUCACCCAGUGUCCCGCCCCUGUGCCCCUGGUGUGGUGUUUGGCAGUGUGGAGAACAAGUGCCUUUCAGGGUGGCCUUGUCCUUGGAGUCCAGGGGAGAUGGGGGGCCAGGGGGUCGUCUGUAUUUUGAAAUCAAAAGCUGUGGUUAAGGCAUCACUUUCACUGCAUUUCCUCACGAGACACUUUCAUUGCCCUCCACUAAUUCAAGGAUUCGGGGCUUGUUUGUUUGUUUUUCCCUUUUCUUUAUACACAGUCUUAUUUUCCAGUUAUCUGACUUUUUUGUGUAAGCACACACACACACACAACACACACACAUGCACACACUUGCUCCAUGAAGCAGAUUAAGUGCCAGUACUCACGGAGCAGGGCAAGGCAAGGGGGCAUGGCCUGAACAGCGGCAGCUGGACCCACAUGGGCCCCUGUUCCAGGCCCCAGCAUGCGGGGCUUCCUCCUGGCCCGCUGUGGGCCCAGGCCCCCUGCUCACCAUGUAUACCAAUAGCCAAACCUCAUGAACCAGGUCUAUGGGGUGGGGGGGGGGGAGGGACAAAAAGAAAAGCCAUUUUCUUCCCACACCGGCAGUCAGGGGUCUCUGAGCAGGACCCUGAGGGGUGGUCUGACCUGUCUGAGAGGGAAAAGCAAAUAAAUGCCACAGGGGUGCACUUAUUUAUUUAUUUAUUUAUCUAUCAGGAACCAUGUGCUUUAGGAAGGGGCAGGUCAUUCUGGUGACGAGAAUAGCUCCCAAGGACCUACAGAGGGUGCUGCUCAGCGUCACCUCUCAGCACAGCACUAUGUGCUAGGGCCCCACGGGCUCUGAGCUCACCUCAAAACCCAGUGCUGCCACUUUGGCCCUGGUGGACCUGCACUCUUACCUGGCUUCCCACUGCAGAAUGUGGUCAGUCCCCAAAAACUGGGGGUCUGGGCCAGAGGGCUUCCCACUUGCUUCUCCACAUGCUCCACUCCCAACCUGAGCAGGAACCACUGGUGAGCCAUCAGCUUCUUCUCGAAGUUCUUUCUCCGUUUGUGGGACUGUCAGGUGACACAGGGCUAGAUGUUCACCCAGUGGACGUGACCUUUGUCACUGAUCCUGGGUGUGUUAGAAUCAUGGCCACAGAGCCUGCAGUGGAGGCAGUGCUGAUCUGGGCUGGAGAGCCGGUCCUUGGCAGCGGGUGGUAGCAGGUGGGACACUAGGCCCGGUUCCUUCUCUCUCUGCUGUGCCCUGUGCGUUUUCUUCCCACCUGGGAACUGUCUGUAUCAUUCUCCGAGACGGGGACCCUGAGCAAACACAGGGAUCCCCAGGCGCCUUCAGUGCUGCUCUUCUUUCAGGGUUCACACAGUUUCGUUGGUCUUCCAAUGUGGACAGGGACAAUACCUCUUGCUUCCAAAGAAUGUAUUUCUUCUCCGACACCGCACACUUCUCACUUGUGAUCUUCUCCCAAGGACACUGCGUGAUGCUCUCCUCACGGGGCCUGUGGGCAGCUGGGUGUCUGUCAGUGUUAGAGUGGGUGUCCGAGGCACCCACUCCCUUGGCCCUUGGUGCCAGUCUCCGGAGCUUCAGUGGCAAUCGAGGGGCCAGCCAACCUGUGUCUGCUGUUCCGCUAAAAAUGUGCUCUGCACUCUUUCUCCCUACCCAACUGCCCCAACCCCAAUUUCCCACCCAAAAUAUUGUACAUGAUUCCUGCCCUGGGAACCCACUUUGCGGCAGACCCCAGGCCAGGAAUCUCACCCCUUGGGGGUCUGGCUGGACCUGGUGCAGACUAGAGCUUCGGUGGGCAGCUCCCCCCAAAACACACACCUGCAGCCUUCCUGAGCACCCAGUCCGAUGCCCCCACAGACUGUGCCAGUGCCCGCCCUACAUACCUCAGUGCUCACCUAGGGCCAGUUGGGCAAUAGUGGCCCCGGCCUCAGGCCACUCCACCAGUGGCUGUUGGUCAGAGCGGCAGAGCCUCAGCACAGGGCAGGGAGCAGCGCUGCAGCCUUGAAUGUGUAUAAACAUUUCCUUGCACUCACAGCGCUUACCAUGCUCUUGGCCCAGGGUCCAACCCCACGAUCUCUCUCGGUCUCUCAGACACAAGCACACGCUGCUGCUUCUCGUGCAGACAUGCUGCACCCCAGCCACAGAGCCCCACAUCCCUCGAAGAGCCCCAACAUUAGGCUGCUCCACACAGCCCUCACCCCCCCAGUGCCCCUCCAGAUAGGCUCGAGACCUGGCACACCAGAGGCUGCGGCAGCACCAUGCAGUGGCUGAUCACGGGUCACUCCCAGACAUCCGCCUACUCUGGCACCUCUAGAUUCCCAAGGUGAGCAGUGUCGGGUGAUGGUUUCAGCGAAUGACUCUUGUGAGGGUACGAAUCUGAGGUGAGAUGUGUCAGAACCAAUUGUCUGCAUUUCGCCUCUUUGUCCUGCUCUUUUUAAACUGUUAAUUCUAAUAAUUUCAAAAUGCAUCCACUCGAGAAAUGGACAUUAAAAUAUUCUAAACUCUGA